AUGAUAAGCUUCAAGCAGCAAUCAUCAAGCAUCGGCUGGCAAUGGUCGUCAGACCUUUUCAGAUUGUCUAGCAGGCCAAUUGGAACUUCAAUGCUGGCCAACUUGAGACAAUUGCGUCAUAUCCAAAAAGCGACACGGACAAGUGUAUCUCAUACCGCAAAAUCUUCGAGAAACGUCGCUUCAAUCAAGGGGACAGUGCGUCAAUCACAAAAAGGGCAGACGGUUCAUAGCUGGAACCGCCCAUUCUCGCCUCGUUCCUUCUCUACCCCGACCAAACAUCUAAUCCCACGCCAAGUCACAUACAGCACUGCAUCCACUAUAUAUACCGAGCCUGUGAUUCAUGAUGUCUUUGAACCCACAUCUGGAACAUGGCAGUAUCUCAUCGCCGAUCCCUCAACAUCAACAGCCGUCAUCAUCGACCCAGUCCUGAACUAUGACCCUGCUACUCAGGCCGUGACUACUCACGCAGCCGAUUCCCUGCUUUCUCUUAUCAAGGGAAAGGGCUAUACGAUCGAUAAGAUUCUCGAAACGCACGCUCAUGCGGAUCAUUUGACUGCAUCAUCUUACCUUCAAAAACGUCUUGCCCAGGAUCAAAAUCUUAAGCCGCCCAUUUGCAUUGUGGAAUAUGAAGGCAUUUUUGACGUACUUUUCGACGACGAUGAGACCUUCACUAUUGGGAACCUGAGAGGAAAGGCUAUUCAUUUACCUGGCCACACACCGGAUCAUCUUGGUUACAUGGUUGGAGAUAAUCUAUUCUGCGGUGAUUCUCUUUUCCAUGUGGACAUCGGCACUGCACGCUGUGACUUCCCCGGCGGCGAUGCCAACGACCUCUUUCGUUCGGGCCGCAAGCUUCUAAGCCUCCCUGACCACUUCAAGAUCUGGACAGGUCAUGAUUAUCCACCAGAGGGACGCAGUGACCCCGUUCCUUGGGUGAGUGUACAGGAUCACAAGAAGCUGAAUAAACAUCUGAAAGAUGGUAUCAGCGAAGAAGAGUUUGUGACUUUGCGAAAGGAACGUGAUGCAGGACUGGCAGCACCCAGGCUGCUUCACCAAUCUUUGCAGAUUAACAUUCGAGCGGGACGACUUCCUUCGCCAACGAAUUUCGGUUAUCGGUUGCUUCACCUUCCAUUGAAGCUCACUGGGGAAGCAUGGUAG